AUGCGUUCAACGUCCCUCACGUCCCUCUUCCUCCUCUCGCUCAGCAGCCUGAGCACCCUCGCCGCCGCCCACUUCAAGCUCGACUUCCCUGCCGCCCGCGGCUUCGAUGAGGACAACCUCGUCAAGUUCCCCUGCGGCGGCCAGAACACCGUCAGCUCCAACCGCACCGCGUGGCCACUGAGCGGCGGCUCGAUUCAGCUGACCAUGGGCCACUCGCAGGCCAAAGUGCAGGUGCUGCUUGCAGUUGGCAACGAUCCCAGCGACAACUUCAACGUCGUCUUGCGUCCGACGUUUCAAGAGAUGGGGCUGGGAAACUUUUGCAUGGGCGAUGUCAAUGUCCCUGCUGGGCUGAAUAUCAGCGAGGGCACCAACGCUACCAUCCAGGUCGUGACCAAUGGUGAUCCCAACGGUGGAUUGUAUAAUUGCGCCGACAUCACAUUCACCUCCACCGACAAGGCCUCUCCUUCGCAAUGCCUCAACGGCACGGGCGUGACCUCGACGCCUCUGUCCGGCGCCAACAUCAAUGCCAACGGCUCCUCGUCCUCGUCCUCGGGGUCUACAACCAGCACCGGCACCGGCACCAGCACCAGCGCCACGGCCUCGCCUACUAAUGCCGCUGGCCGCAUCAUGUGGGAGGGCUGGGGCAUCAUCGCAGGCGCGGCUGUCGGCGCGGCGGUCUUGCUUUAA